AUGCGAUUCUGUCUGUCGUCGUCUGGUUCUCGUCUUUCUCCAUACGCUGCUGUGUUGAUUGCAGCUCGCGUUGUCACCUGUCAGCCUCUAGUAGGUCAUGAUGGUAUUUUCUCAUUGGAUAUAUCAAAGACAGCACUCGGUGCAUCAAUAGAACACGACCCUUCAUUCGUUUCAUUCUCGUUCGAGCCUGCUUUCUGGGUAGAAUUUUUCGGCAACUCCACUUCACCAAAUAAACUUGCCUUCGAUCUGCUGGGUUGCAUUGUCGACCAUGGUGGGCAACCGACGAUUCGGCCUGGUGGUAUUACAAUGGAUUCCAUGAUAUUUAACGUGUCGGCUGGUGAUCCAGUCCGUACUACGAAUCCCAAAGGUGGUGUCUACCGUACGACCGUCGGACCUGCCUAUUAUGAGAGCUGGUCGAACUUCCCGGAAGGCACCAAAUUUGUCUCUACGUUGAACUUUGGCAACGAUUCGCUCGAUAUUGCGAGAGAUCUGGCAGUUGCCUCCAUUAAAUAUGCAAGUAAUGACAGUAUCAGCUUCUUCGAACUUGGAAAUGAGCCUACAAACUAUCCAAGCUCGAGAUGGAUGAACAACACAAAAGCAUACGUUCAGCAAUGGAAGAGCUGGACAGCUCAGAUUGAUGCAGCAGUCAACAUGACGCUAGGAGCAGAUGCUGCGGUCGAGUUUGGCAGCGAGCGUUGGUGGGCCUCGUCCGCGACAACUGACCAGACCGGACUCGAGGUUCUCCCCGAUGCACUCAUACCUGCUGGUAUUGACUCCAAGAACCAGGUAGCUGACUAUUCCAUACAUUCAUACCCAUUCUCGACCUGCGAUCCAGCCAGAGCAGUGCUAGCCACAACACAAAAUAUCCUGAACCAAACCGAGCUGGCACGUUAUGCUGACGAAGACAUCUAUCCCUCAGCCAAAGCUGCUAUGGAUGCUGGCAGUCGUUGGAUCAUUGGCGAGUUCAACUCCAUCUCAUGCUCUGGCAAUCCGAAUGUCUCGGAUACUUUUGCGCAAGCUUUGUGGGUGAUUCAGAGUGAAUUGAUCUACGCCGUCCGCAAUGCCUCAGCUGUAUAUCUCCAUCAGGGAGCAGCGUUGGUGUUCCAGAGUAGUCAGCAAGUCAACUCAGCAGGCCAAAAUGGAUCGCCAGGCUAUUCGACAUACGAUAUGUUUUAUCCUCGAGAAAGCGAGAAGCGAGGUCCGGCAAGGGUUUUGCCUAGCUUUUCCAGUCAGCUCUUCAUGGCCGAAGCAUUCGCCAUUCCAAACACUCGCGUUCGCCUGGUCGAAACUCCUUCAGGCAUCGAUAAGGACUAUUUCUCGGCAUAUGCUUUCUACGUCAACGAUAAGCUCAACAAGUUGGCCAUCAUCAAUUCCAAGCCAUACUAUGCCAACUCAACGAGCGACUUCACGGUGACACUGGACAUCUCAAAGUACGGGCACUCGAAGAAGGAAACUCGCGCGUGGCUGAAGAGAUUGAGUGCUCCUCAUGUCAACGAAGGCAACGCAAACAAGACCACUUGGGCAGGCCAGUCAUACUCUCAGGGCCAUGCAACUGGGGACCUCCUUGUCGAAGCAAUUGGGCGCGAUGGUUUGGUGCACGUCCGGGACAGUGAGGCAGUACUCGUCUUCUUCGACAAGCGAGAUGCAAACAUGGAUGCGUGCUAG